CGGAUAGGAGAGGUAGGAAAAUCGCAUGGCUGGGCUUCGGUCGCCUGCCACUUCUCAGAACAAAAACACCCGCACCUUCCUGUAAUAUUCCUUUGGCAUCUUAAAUCCGAAUGUAACUCUGAUUCUUCGACUAACCCCGAGCUGCUUCUCUAUAUAAAUACCCCUUCCUCUCCUCUUCUUUUCAAAACUCCACAUCCCAAAAAUAUUUACAUCCUAGCUAGUAUUUGUUCUUUUUCGACGUGGUGAUCAAUGGCCGCCGUCGCCGCUGCAGCUGGUGGAAUUGUGGUGGUUUUUGAUUUUGACAAAACCAUCAUUGACGUGGAUAGUGAUAACUGGGUUAUUGAUGAGUUGGGUUUUACCGAUUUGUUCAAUCAACUCCUCCACACCAUGCCAUGGAAUUCUCUCAUGGACAGGAUGAUGAAGGAAAUUCAUUCACAUGGAAAAACCAUUGAAGACAUUGCAGAGGUUCUGAGACGUAUUCCUAUUCAUCCCCAGGUCAUCUCUGCUAUCAAAGCAGCCCAUGCUUUAGGGUGUGAGUUGAGGAUUGUAAGUGAUGCAAACAUGUUCUUCAUCGAGACAAUUCUGAAUCAUCUUGGGUUGAAGGAUUACUUCUCUGAAAUCAACACGAACCCAGGUUUUGUUGAUGAGCAAGAGAGGCUAAGGAUAUCUCCUUACCAUGAUUUUACUCAAUCUUCUCAUUGCUGCAGCCUUUGCCCUCCUAACAUGUGCAAGGGUCUCAUCAUUGAAAGAAUCCAAGCUUCCAUAUCCAAGGACGGAAGCAAGAAAAUCAUCUAUCUUGGAGAUGGUGCUGGCGAUUAUUGCCCGAGCUUGAAGCUUACCGAGGCAGAUUAUGUGAUGCCAAGGAAGAAUUUCCCAGUGUGGGAUUUAAUCAGCGAGAAUCCAUUGCUUGUGAAGGCAGAAAUUCAUGAAUGGAUCAACGGGGCAGAGCUAGAACGGGUGCUGCUCCAAAUUAUUGAAAGAAUUUCCACGGACGAGAUCAGCAGCAAUUCUGCUCAGUUGCUCUCAGCUGAUUGCAAGUUACAGACCAUAUCAAUUGCCGCUCAUGAAGGCUUGCCACAACCCCUCUCAGUUACCCAGUAGUUAACCUAUAUUAGCAGCACAAAUGUUGGACAAAUGCCAACGCUACCUAGUCCCCCCCCCCCCCCCCUCCCUCAUCCUGGGUUUAAACAAGAAGCAUGCAAGUUUGUGACGUUUCAUGUGGAUCCAUAAAAGUAUUCUAUAAUAUAAAUAUUAAGUUUGCUUCACCUUGUUAUUGUUGCUUGUGCCGUAAGUCCUGCUAUCUUAGACAAGUUUCCACAAGAGAUAUAUAUUCAGACCAGAAUAGCAAGAAAUUCAAGGGAAGAAAUUGUUCUGCAUACUAGACCGAAAGCCACAAAUUGAGGAGUAAAAUAUACCAGAGAUAUUUGUCGUGAUUUUAGGAGGGUGGUUGGAAAAAUAUUGAAAGUUUUGCUGCAAAUCUCCACCUUGUCAAGAGUUUUUCAUUCAAUCUUAGUGUUCCAUCAAUGUUGCCUUGGAUGCGAUAUAUAGUGGUGCACCCCUAAGGUGCUCAAUAUUUAGAGAUGUUGAUUAAAUCCAAAUAAUAUUGGAACUUGAUCUUUGAGACAUAUUUUGUGAGUAUGUCAGUGAGAUUAAAUAUAGUGUCAAUCUUCGAUAGCAUAA